UCGUGCUUUGAUCAAUGAGAAAACUAAAACCGCGUAACUGUGUCCGUUCCUCACCCGCGCAGGUUUCACUUUGCCUGUGGUCUACAGUGUGAGUUGUAACUUUCUAUUGUCUUUCCUCCAUACUUCACUGACAACUCCAGUGACACAUUACAAGAUUUAUCUGACCUGGUGUGUCAUUGUCGUUACGGAAAUAAUAUAUGUAGAUUUAGUAGUGGUUUUUGCAUUCUGUGUGGUGUCCUCCGAUAUCGGAUAGCUUUCUUAUUCAAAAGGACUCAACGUGAUACUUUUGUUUACAGUUAUUGGAUUAAAGUAAAUCAAGCACGAGGUUAUCGAGGGGGAUGCGUUAGGUCUGCAUGGAGGUGACCAAUAUUCCGACGUCAUAUCUUUGCUCUCUGUGUCACAUCCCUGCUUUCCAGACAGUGUCGAUGGAUACAGUCUAGAAGAGUACACUUGUAGCAUCUGAUUUUAUCGUAUUGCACAAUUUAUUUCACAGCUAUCUUUCUCUGCAGAUUAAAACGUUGAGUGGUUUUUGUUUAAAAGUGCUUUUUAAAAAAGCAAUCAUUUUACUGACAGAAAACUGUGCUUCUGGAAUUCGGAAUUCUUGUUGAGUAGAGAACGUUCCUGUGGGAUAUCAUAUCAGUGAGGUGAUUUUGUGUGACUGAAUUUGGAUAGUUAACUGUUCCUAGUCAUUAUCUAGCUGUCUAGCUUGUGCAUGCUUGCGUUAUCAACUCCAAUAUUAUUGCAAUAUUUUUAUCUUCAGUGAAAAGUUCAGAAGUGUAUUUAGAUUUACUGUCGUCAGAGACAAGGCAGAUAAUUUCGUGAGUAUUUUAUCCAUCGAGAGCGCACUUUUUGUGCUGGUGUAAAAUAACCCCUUGGUGCCAGACGUCAUUGUGUGUGUGUGUUUGGACAUUCUGAUUCAGGAAAAGGAUAGCUGGUAUACUUCUGCAAGGAAAAACUUCGUCCAUCCAGAGCACCCAUCUAAUCUGGACCACCAACUUCUGUGGCUGUCCUGACUUCUUGGUGGCAUUGUCAACCCCUAACCCUACAACAUCUACAUCGUGUUCGGUUCGUGUGGAUAGUUUCCCCUGGCUGUAGUGCCUCCCGCCUUCUUCACAUCAUAUUAUUAUUGUUCUCUCCGGCGUAGCAGGCAUACAAAGCCCAUCGCAGAUAGCACAGGGUGUGCGUGACAAUUCACAAUUCCUAUAGAAAAAAUAGAAAAGAAGAAUAAAGGCUGGAGUAAAAACAUCGGGAAGGGUAAAGAGUUCAUCGUUCUGUAUUCCCAUCUAUUCGGAUUGAUCAUCCGUCGCUCCCCUUUGGAUACACUGGAAUAAUUACCAAGGUUUCUGCGCGCAUCAAGUUACUUCGUCGAGCCGUUGCUGUCCAGAACAAUCAUACAAUUUCCUGACGUUUCUUGAGGUGUCCACAAGUGUUGUCACCACGCAUGAGAAAAAGCAAAUAUUCACACAUCAGACAGUCCAGGAAUGAGAGAAAAGAGAAUGAAGGAAUACAGCGGUACCCCUUCAGUGUCUCCCAAAAUGAUGCCUUUCGUUCUACUCCUGCUGUGUCUCGGGCAGGAAGCUGCGGCCUACUACACGGGCCCCAUUUUGAUUGCGUCAUUGUUUCCUGCAGACGAUAGGCGGCUUUUCUCUAUCAAGAGAAUCCGACCUGCCCUUGAAAUAGCAGUGGAAAAGGUGCGAGCUCCGGACGGGCCUCUGCCUGGUCGGGAGAUAGAGAUCAACUACCGGGAUUCGAACUGCUCCUCUGCGGACGCCAUGAACGAGGCCAUCAAUUUCUACGUGCGCAACAAGUCUCACGUGUUCCUGGGCCCGUGCUGUGACUACGCAGCCGCACCUGUAGGCCGUCAGACCAGGUACUGGCAGAUUCCUAUCAUUACCACUGCUCUGGCCAGGGACUUUGCCUUAGCCAAGGGGGACAAGUUCUCCAUGAUGACCAGAAUGGGUCCGAGCAUCAAUAAACUGGCGGAGUUCCUCAAGGCCAUACUCCUGAAAUUCAAAUGGAAUGUGUUCAAGAUCCUGUACCAGCCCAACGGCCUGGAUAACGUUAUGGACAUGAUGUGUCACGUGAUGGCCGAGAGCGUCCACUUCAGCCUGGGCUACGACCUGGGCUACGUCAUCCCCUACUUCAAGUUCGAGGGCGUCCAGGACAUGCUGGACAUGAUGACCAAGGAGAUCGGCACGGAGAACGCCA